AUGGAGAACUCGACGAUCGUAGGCUUUAUUGAAGCGGACGUUUUUGUGGAAGACUCUGAUCCUUGGUACGGCCCUGUCAGAAGUUACGUCAAAAUUUUCGAAGAAUACGAGUAUUCAAUCCUUAUAGCAGCUGUGACUGGUGGCGUCAUUUUUACCUUGGUCGGAUUGUGUUGCUCGCACUGCUGCUGCAAGAAAAAGGCAACCGGCAAUUCUAGCUCGAGCAGCAGAAGAAACAAGUCGGGCAAUACCACUAUCGUCAAAGAUGAAAUCGUAACGGACGUUUACUCGACUGGGUUGAAAGUUGAUCCGAUAUUCCAACUGCCAGAAGACACUGGAGAUGAGUUUGAAGAAGAAAACGAGCGAUUCCUGGGCGGAUCAAAAAAGGCCGGCGAAGCUACGGAAAUGCAGUCAAAUAAUUCUACCACUUCAAAAAGAAGCACGCGUUCUACGGGCUCACAAACUGUAACAAUCAACAACGCGGUGACACCUCCAGUAGCAGCUAGCUUUACAGUAGCGACAGCUUCUGCGUCCACGCCCAAAUUUGAACAGAAGAAGAAGAAGGAGCUUAUUCCUAUUGUGCCUAUUGCUCCUAUCACAAUGCGCGCACCAGAGCUUCCAACGAGCCCGCAGCCAAAAUACUCGCCGACGAUUUCGCCAGCAUCGUCGAUCGAAACAAUCUUCGACAACGUUGAGAAGCCGAACAACAAACGAACAGUCAAACACAACAUUGCUUUCAGUUCCCUCCCUCGACGGCUGUUUCCACUCUCUUCCGAGCUCCUGACGUUUUUGGCAAAGGAAGAUUUGAACCUAGACUGGCAAAUUUACACGAUCAACAACAGGGCAUUAGAAUGCUUUUUGUACAAAUACAUGAUCUUCAUUACUGAGCCGGACCGGGAGAACUUGUUGGUGGGAAUAAUGUUGACUAGAAUUCUGAUUCAAAUUCAAGCUCGCGAUGCAGAGAAUGAGCUGGAAAAUGUCAAACAAAACAUGAGCAGCGGUUCGGACUCACAAAUCCACAGAGAAGCCUGGUCUGUUUCAAAAACCUGCCCUAUCAGCUUCGGAAGCUUCUGUCCUCGACGAAAUCUCCUCCUUGAUUUCGAGAAAAUCGUCCCAAACGUGAAAGGCCUUCUUCUGUCCAAGGGUAUUUGUGGUUUGACGCAUUUGGAGCAGAUUUUCGGAAAUCCGGAAAAAUCAGUCGAGCUAAUGACUUCAGCUGAGUCACAUGUCUUAUCUGGCGAUAUCACUGUACAAGGAAUGGACAGUCUCCUGCGUCUGUUAGACGGGUUCAGUCAAGACGCAGCGAUGUAUGAAUUCGUCAAAGCCCAGGAAGAUUGGGAAAUAAAAGGUGGAAACGCCGUGGAGCCCAUGAUUGUCAAGAAUUCCAUCAAAACGAGUGUUUCGAUAUCGCGCAGUUCGCAGCCCGGAAACGGCCUUUACCAAUUUGCCCAGACAUCUACCAAAGCCGACUUGUCGAUGAGGAGACGCUUCGAAGUUUCUUUCAGUAAUAAAUACUAA